AUGAUUUCACUUCUCAAAAAUGAGCCGGCGAGCUUUAUAGUUUUUUAUGGCACCUUCAUCGACACGCCGGUCUUGGGCGAACUCAGAAUCAGACACAAAACGUCUGUAGGCGUUUGCAUGUCAGAGAGCGAGGAAAAAGGCAGUAUACGAUUCAUUAUCGAGGAUUCUGAAGACCCCCUGGCCGACGCACUUGCGUACGAUUCGCAAUUGUCGGAAUCGGAUGUUACGGUCAUCGAUGGGCUCAGCAUGGGCGAGGCUGGCGACGGUUCAAGCACGUUUUUCUUCCCGGGGUUCAUUGACACGCAUAUCCACGCGUCACAAUAUCCAAAUGCAGGUAUUUUUGGUAACUCUACUUUACUUGAUUGGCUGGAGACUUAUACGUUCCCAUUAGAGUCCUCGUUGAAGGAUCUUGAGAUUGCGAACGUGGUUUACUCCAAGGUAGUCGAUAGAACUUUAGCCAAUGGCACUACAACAGCGUCGUAUUACACAACGAUCGAUCCUGAGUCGACCAAAUUGAUGGGCGAGAUCUGCUCAGCGAGGAACCAGCGUGCGCUGAUCGGCAAAGUUUGCAUGGACACAAACAGCCCUGAUUUUUACAUUGAGUCUACUGAGGAGUGUUUGAAAAGCUGUGAGAAUGUGAUUAAUUAUCUGCAAAAAGAUCUGCGCGACCCCAAAGUUCAGCCAGUGCUUACUCCCAGAUUUGCGCCAACUUGCUCAGAAGACUUGAUGAAAAAGUUGGGUGCCUUGUCACAAAAAUACGGGGGGCUGCACAUACAGACACAUCUUUCAGAAAAUGAUAACGAAAUUCGUUGGGUUGAGGAACUAUUUCCAGAAUGCGACACCUAUGCCGACGUCUAUAAUAAAUUCAACCUUUUAACAGAGAAGACGGUUCUGGCUCAUUGUGUUCAUAUUUCGCCAAAGGAGGCCAAAUUAAUCAAAACACGUAAUUGUGGCAUUUCGCAUUGUCCAGUUUCGAAUUCAUCUAUCACCUCUGGUGAAUGCAGAGUUCGGUGGCUUCUGGAUCAAGGAAUCAACGUCGGUCUCGGAACUGACAUUUCAGGAGGUUUCUCUUGUAGCAUAUUGGCAAUAGCGAGACAAGCACAUUUGGUAUCAAGGCAUCUGGCAAUGCGUGAAACUGGUACGGAGGAGCGCGAGCAUGUCAAAUUAUCAAUGGAAGAUGUACUGUAUCUGGCUACCAUGGGUGGCGCAAAAGCUCUUGACAUGGGUGAUAAUUUAGGAACAUUUGAUAUUGGUAAACAAUUUGAUACUCAACUGAUAGACAUUGAAAGUCAGGGUUCUAAUGUAGACAUUUUCCAAUGGCAGAAGAUUUCAGAAGUAAUGAAUGAAAAAAAUAAAUUUCAACCACCAAAAAUUUCUCAUAAUGAUUUGCUAGCCAAGUGGUUCUUUAACGGUGAUGACAGAAAUAUUUUAAAAGUUUGGGUUGGAGGUAAACUUUCUCACUCUGAUUGGUAA